GACGUCACGUGUCAGCUGACUGAACGGCCGCCACCGCCAAGACUCAGCCAGGUCGCUGUCACUGUCGCUGUCGCCACCGCCGCCGCCAUGGCUCAGUAUAAGGGCGCCGCGAGUGAGGCGGGCCGCGCCAUGCACCUGAUGAAGAAGCGGGAGAAGCAGCGCGAGCAGAUGGAGCAGAUGAAGCAGCGGAUUGCAGAGGAGAACAUAAUGAAAUCCAACAUUGACAAGAAGUUCUCUGCACACUAUGAUGCCGUGGAAGCGGAGCUCAAGUCCAGCACUGUGGGUCUCGUGACCCUGAAUGAUAUGAAGGCCAAACAGGAGGCCCUGGUGAAGGAGCGAGAGAAGCAGCUGGCUAAGAAGGAGCAGUCGAAGGAGCUGCAGCUGAAGCUAGAGAAGCUUCGAGAGAAGGAGCGAAAGAAGGAGGCCAAGCGGAAGAUCUCUAGCCUGUCCUUCACCUUGGAGGAAGAAGAGGAGGGAGGUGAAGAGGAGGAAGAGAUGGCCAUGUAUGAGGAGGAACUGGAAAGGGAAGAGAUCACCACAAAGAAAAGGAAAUUGGGGAAGAACCCAGACGUGGAUACAAGCUUCUUGCCUGACCGAGACAGGGAGGAGGAAGAGAAUCGGCUCCGGGAAGAGCUGCGGCAGGAGUGGGAAGCCAAGCAGGAGAAGAUCAAGAGCGAGGAGAUUGAAAUCACCUUCAGUUACUGGGAUGGCUCUGGGCACCGACGAACAGUCAAGAUGAAAAAGGGUAACACGAUGCAGCAGUUCCUACAGAAAGCACUCGAGAUCCUGCGUAAAGACUUCAGUGAGCUCAGGUCAGCAGGGGUGGAGCAACUCAUGUACAUCAAGGAGGACUUAAUCAUCCCCCAUCAUCACAGCUUCUACGACUUCAUCGUCACCAAGGCGCGAGGAAAGAGUGGGCCACUCUUUAACUUUGAUGUUCACGAUGAUGUGCGGCUGCUGAGUGAUGCCACUGUGGAAAAGGAUGAGUCCCAUGCAGGCAAAGUGGUGCUGAGGAGCUGGUAUGAGAAGAAUAAGCACAUCUUCCCUGCUAGCCGCUGGGAGCCCUACGACCCCGAGAAGAAGUGGGACAAGUACACGAUCCGGUGAGCAUCCAGGAGGUGGCAUGGCCUCAGCUCUCCCCUACACACCCCACAUCUCCAGGAGUGCAGGCGCCCAGCUCCCCUGGGAUUGUGCCACAGUACUCUGUGAAGAUGGUAGCUGCUCGCCACCUGGCCUCCUGCCAUUGUCAUUACUGCUUUUUUCUUUUGCAAUAAAGAAGUGUACGUGUCACAGCUGGAGUACCUGCAUCGUGCGACAGUGAUUCUAUUUAUAAACUCUUUGAGAUAAAAUUCACAUAAAAUUCUUCAUUUCAUCCAUCUGUA